AUGGCCACUAACUACAGUGCUAACCAGUACGAAAAAGCUUUCUCACCGAAGUAUCUGCAGAACUGGUCUCCUGCCAAGCCAACAAAAGAGAGAAUCUCUUCCCAUGAAGGCUACACCCAGAUCAUCGCCAACGAUCGUGGUCAUCUGUUGCCCUCAGUGCCCCGUUCCAAGGCAAGUCCCUGGGGUUCCUUCCUGGGCACCUGGCAAAUGCCUCUGAAGAUACCCCCUGCUCGGGUGACCCUGACCUCCCGGACAGCGGCCGCCGCCGCCUCGCUCACCACGUGGAUACAGAAAAACCCCGAUUUACUCAAGGCAUCUAAUGGGCUGCGUCCUGAAAUCUUUGGCAAGCCCAACGAUCCAGACAGUGAGAAGAAACGCAGGAAGAAGUGUGUCCCAAAGUCUGUACAGCAAGCGCCAAGUGCAACCGUGAUUCCCAGCUCUCCAGCCGGCAACCUCGGGUCCCCGGAUCAACCCCAAAGCUCACACCCCUCCGCAGGUCACACGCCAGGGCCCCAAAGCCAGGCCAGCUCGCCCAAGAGCCCACCUGGAAGCCCAUGUCUGCUAGAACACUGAUCUCGCCGAGAUCCGGAAAUGCAAGCUUGGAACUUCCAGAGACCAAGAGCCACACUGAAUAAGCUGUCUGGAGACCGAGGGAAGUCAGACUUCCAGGCACGAAUGUGGAACAGAGAAAU